AACGAAGAAGAAACUACGGAAGCACAUGGUAGUUAGUGUUGAAUUUGUGUCCAUCACAAGAUAAGUAGCUAUCCUUUCCUGCAUAUAUUAGCACGACAUUUUUUGUUCGUAAAGAAUCCUCUACUCUUGUUUGCUAACUUUCCUCGUUGCCAUCAUGGUUCGAGCAAAACGGGCCAAAAAAAUACAGAGACCAAGGAAACAGGAGCAAUAUGAUGAAGAUGAUCCUAUGGCCUAUCAGGACAUGCCGGUCCCUGAUAAGAAGUCAUCUGAGUACACAAAAGACAAAAUCGAUGCGUUUCAUGAUGAGAAAAUCGCUAAACUUCUCGCCCGCGGAGUUCAGAUGGAGAGCGACGAGGAGGAACUGGAUGAUGAGGAGGAAGUGAUGGCCCUCGAUGAUUCAGAGUCAGAAGAGGAAGAGGAGGAGGAAGAAGGAGAGAAUGAGGAAGAGGAGACAGAUAUGGAGAGUGAUCUAGAAGAGAAAAAAGAUGAGGAUCUUCCUAAUGAAAUGGCUUGGGGCAUGAAGAAGAAAAUGUACUACGACUCAGAUUAUGUGGCUGCCAAAGGGAAAUCUCAAGAAGACCUGGAAGCUGAGGAGCAAGAGGAAGAAGAAGAGGCCAAAAAUAUCCAAAAACGUUUAGCUGCAAACCUAAGCGAGGAGGACUAUGAUUUAAACCUUUUCCAGGAAUUUGCUGUGGAGGAAAAGGAUGAAAGCAAGACUGAUGAGAAGCAAGAGAAGAUUGUGAAAGACUUGAAGCAAAUGUCCCAGAAGGAAAAAAUGAAGCUUUUAAAAAAGGAAUCACCAGAGCUGCUUGAACUUAUUCAGGACUUCAAGGCAAAGCUGGCUGAACUGAAAGAUGAGCUGCAGCCACUUGUACAAAUGAUCCAAGAUGGAAAAAUCCCUGCAGGAAAGGGUGCUGACUAUAUCAAGAUGAAACAGCAACUUUAUCUCAAUUACUGCACAAAUAUCAGUUUCUACUUGGUGCUGAAAGCAAAACGAAUCCCUGCUCACAACCACCCUGUGAUUGAACGACUGCUCACCUACAGAAAUCUCAUCAAUGAACUCGCCACAGUAGAUGCUCGGCUUGCGGCAGAGUCUCGCUUACUACUAGCUGGUGAUGAGAAAGAUCAAACCACCAGCAGGCCAGCAGAAAGCAAGAAGAUCAAAACAUCUGGGGAAAAGGAAAAUGUCUCUGGAGAAACUCUGCCUGAGGCUGAGGAGGACUCUGACUCUGACAUGAAUGAGGAAGCAGCUUUACGUUUCUACAGAGAAAUGGAGGAACGGGUGAAAUUAAAGAGGAAGAGCAAUGACCCAGAAGCUGAAGAGCUGCAGGAGAACAAUGUGGAGGAGGAGGAGGAGCUGGAUGCCAAGAGAGGAAUAACUUACCAGAUGGCCAAGAACAAGGGGCUAACACCAAAGAGGAAGAAAAUUGACCGUAAUCCCAGAGUCAAGCACAGAGAAAAGUUCAGACGGGCUAAAAUCCGCAGAAAGGGCCAGGUCAGAGAAGUCCGUCGAGAAGAGACGAGAUACAGUGGAGAGAUGUCUGGUAUUCGUGCUGGUGUCAAGAAGAGCACCAAACUUAAGUAACCAGGAGCUGGUCCACUUUAUGCUGCUAACUUUAGCCAUGCAACUAAAAAAAAAAAAAAAAAACAGGCUUCUUAGGUAUUCUUACGUGUUUAUUUGUGGUGAGAGUUGCAGUAAAGCAGUAAUAAAAUCUUAAUUUUCUGAAAUGUGAAUAAACAUUUUAAAUUCUG